AUUUUGUUGCGAUUGUCAUUUGUCUUUUAUUCAACCAAAUUGUGUUCUUUUGCACAUGUUCAUCGAUUUUUGUGAAAUAUAGGAAAAGUAAACAGAGUUUCCUUAUAAAAUGGGUGCCAUAGCGAGCCGAUACCGUGUUUCUAACUCGGCUUUAUCUAGCACUGAUAUAAAAAAUAUAGAAGAUGCAAACAAACGUGAAAACCCUGGCACUUUAGAUGAAUUACACAAAAAGACGAAAGAGGUAAUGCCAGUGAACUUUGAGGGAGGUAAACUGAUGGUUAAUAAGGGCAUAUCAAACCAUUUUCAGAUGUCACAUACUUUAACUAUGAGUACAGCUCAAAAUGGGUACAAGCUUGGUGCAACAUACAUUGGCACAAAGCAAACAUCACCAACAGAGGCGUUUCCUGUGGUUCUAGGUGAUGUAGAUCCAGCUGGAAAUGUUAACUUUAACUUUAUACAUCAGUUAUCACCUGAUGUUCGUGUUAAGGCAGCUGCACAGAUACAAGAAUGCAAAUUAACAGCUACUCAAGGUACUUUUGAGUACAAAGGUUCAGAUUACACUUUGGCUAUGGCAGUUGGGAAACCUGACUUUAGUGAGAAAUCUUCUGUUUUUGUAGGACACUACUUACAGUCAGUGACUAAACGGCUUGCGCUGGGAGCAGAGCUAGUCUAUCAAUCAAGUGCACGUGUUAUGGGUGGUGAGAUAGCAAUCGCCUCUGCUGCCGCUAGAUAUACUAUGGAUGAUUCAGAAGUAUCAGCAACAUUAGGGCCAGCCAGUUUCCAUGUGUGCUACUUUAAACAAGCCAGUGAACAACUACAGGUGGUGGCAGAAAUGGACACCUCAUUUAGAGGAAUGGAGUCUGUAGGGACCAUAGGCUACCAAGUUACUAUACCUAAAGCGGAACUUGUAUUUAGAGGUAUGGUAGACUCAAACUGGAACAUAGGAGCUGUGUUGGAGAAGAAACUACAGCCACUACCAUUCACAUUUGCCCUCUCUGGUAUGGCCAACCAAGCCAAACAACAAUUCAAGUUUGGCUGCGGUCUUAUCAUUGGCUAGUGUUAGUGACGGUGAAAUAUUAGUGUUAGUGAAGUGUGAAAGUGAGAGGUAUGUCGCUCAUAACCAAAUACAGUGCUUUGACAGAUGUUUAAUUGCCAUUAUAAUAGUGGUCCAAAACAAUAAUUGAGAAAAUUAUGAUAUGUUCUAAAGAUAUUUUAUCAAACAUUUAAAAUGGUCAUUGGUCAUGUUAAGGUAUUUAAUUUUUAAUUAUAUUAAACUGUAUGUUAUGAAGAAACAUGAAUAUAGAUAAAAUGGAGCAAGUUUCACAUAGUCGCACUAUACUAUACAAAGAUAAAUUUUAUUAUUCAUUUUUAAGCUGUUUUCCAUAUGUCAAGUGUUUAAAUAUAUUUUUUUACCACUUUUUGUCCAGUAUUUGGUAUAAAAUGUAAAAAACUGUUUUACAUAAAAAUAACCUUACAAAAAAGACCUGACCACAAACAAAUAUAGAAAAAAUUUCAAAAUAGCAAUUUUAUUAUUGAAGAAUAAUUAAAUAAUUCUUGGCAAUAUCUUGACAAUGGAUAAAUUAAAUGAAUGGUGUUUUCGCCUUUAAGAAUGUAACUUAACUUAGGGAUUCAUGUUGUUUGUGCAUAUAUUUCAGCACCCUUUAACUGUUUUUCAGAAUAGCAUUUAUAAUCGGUCACUCAACUACUAUACAAUAAUCAGUAUCUAGUGGGUAUUUGUAAAGUACAACUCAGUUAAAUGACAAUUUAGCAAUGGAACAUUCCUAGGUUCAAAGCAAUUUUUUAGUAAAGCAGAAAAAUAUAAAGGUACCUACCUACCUAUAUAAGAUGUUAUUCUCAUUCUAUAUUAUAACCUUUGGCACUAAAGUUAAAAAAGUUAAGGCACUUGGUAUUAACAUUCCCAUUUUCAAAUUGAUUUAUUAUUUUCAUCCGCUUCAUUUAAAAUGCAUUUAGGUUUGGUAAAUCAAUCCAAAAAUAAGACUGCUUUCCUAUAUUCCUAAGUUGAAGUGACCGUGUCAAGUGACAUCUUUGGUUUCUGUACAUUGUAUGAAUGUAGAUAAUAUAUGGCAUAUUGUAAAUAGAGCCUCUUGUUGAACUGUUUAUUUUAAAUAGAAUUAUGUUAAUUAA